AAAAAAUCCGUUAAUGUUGUUUUUAUAGUAUACUUUUUUGAAAAAUACUUUUACCAGAAGACUACUUUGUAACAUGUAAAAGAAAUCAUAAAAUAAUAAUUGAAAGUAUAUAUAGAAUUAAGGCAAUAUUGUUACACUUGUAUUGGAAAAUGAUGGACAUUUUAAACAAUCAUGUUCAGUCAAAUACUUCCGACGAUAAGUCCUGUAUGUCGAUGAAAUCUCCGAUAAACAGACCAAUUUCUCCAAAUUUUCAUGAAUCCUUAGAAAUAUAUCCUGAUGGUAGAGAAUCAUUAGGCAUAUUGCCACCAAAUUUUGAUUCAGAACCAAAUUUCUUUACUUUUACAGAUAGAGAUUCAUUAAGUUUUAAAAAUAUUUUGUUAGAAGACUCAGAUCCUGGUAGAGAAUCUCUAGGUAUUUUACAAAUAAAUGACCUGGAUGUAAAUUUUGGAAAUGACACAGACAAAAUACCAGAUAUUAAGUUAUCGUUUAUUGAUAAAGUUAAUCAGGCUCAUCAGGUUUUAGAUACAGGUUUUCUUAUUACUAGUCCAUCAAAAUUGUUAAUAUCUGCUACAUCACCUAAUUCAGUAUUAUCAUUUAACAGUAACAGUUUAGAAUUUCCAUCUAAAAUUUUUACAUUAACCAGAACUGAUUUUAGUAGUUCAGUUUUUUCUUCCAGCAAAUCACUUUUCAAUAAUGCUCAUAUUAUAAAUUCCUGUGAUGUAGAACAACGUAAUAGGAUUAACUCUCAACCUCUGCCAGCUAAAACGACACAGGCAGAAGUUGCGUUCUGGAGUACAAGGAGACCAAUUAAUAAAAGGGCUUCGGAUAUAUUUUGUUGUGAACAACUGAAGUUUGAUGAUGACAAAGAUGACAUGUUUCAGGACUCUGUAUUUAUUGAGGGAAACCACAUUGCACAGAAAUUAGCGGAUGGCUCAUUUUUAAAUGAACAUUAUGAAAAUGGACCCCUUGAUUCUACUCCUCAACCUGAAUGGCCAACUGACAUGGAUGACAGUGAAACACGGAAUGAAGAAAAUGACCAUAAAGUGGAUACAGGGACUGUUUUUAAAACAAUUGACAAACUAGUUCCGAGCCGAAAAUCACAAUCUGAAUCUAAUGCAAAGAGCUCUAGUUCUUCCAGUUCAUCUACUAGAUCAAGAGAGGCUAAGGAGAUGUUACAAAACUUAUCUGACAUUUUUAAUACUACACAUAAAAGUGACAAAAUGAAAUUAGAAGGAAGAAAAUUGCUGAGUAGCUUAGCAGAACUUCUUAAUAACACUCAGUCUAGCAAAGAUGAAGAAGAUUCAGGACAUUCGUCAAUCAUUGAUAAUGAUUCGGACAAGGAGAAGCCUGAUAUGGCAGAUGGAAUAGAACCAACUCAAAUCUCAGAACAACCUCAAACAAUGGAACCAACUUUAAAACCAGAAGUGAAAACCGCAUCACAAUUAUCUCAGUCUACAAGCCUUGAUAAAAAAGAGCAAAAAUUAGAAAGAAGAAAUUCUUCCACAUCUUCGGUUAAUCUUACUACUUCUAACAAACCUAGAACUAACAGUAAUUCUGUGAAAAGUGCACCAAAUAUUGGACCAUCUUUUGGAACAAAAUUUAAACCAAAAAUUGGAAAUCCUGGACUGAAGACAGGUCCUCUAAGAGCUGUGAUUCCAGUAAAAGAUAUGAAAAAACGUCACUCGACACCAGAUCGAAUUGAACAAAAAACUUUACAAAUCCAGUCAAAAAGAACUAGCACUCCUAUUAAUGAACCCCGUAUAAAACCUAUGGCUUCUUCAACACCUACAUUAGGAAAUACUGAUAAUCACACUAAUAGUUCUCCCAAAUGGAUGGCACACAAAUCGAAACUUAUCAGGUCUAAUUCUCUAAAUGACAAAGUAAUUAAAAAUGGUAGGGAUUUAUCUGGUACUCCAAACACCUCAAAACUGAGAAGACCAAGUUUUAGUUCAUCUCCUGUAUCAUCUAAAGAAAAAACAAACACAAGUUCAUCGGUUUCAUCUAGAUUCCAAGAGCAAUACAAAAUAACCAGGCGAAACAGUAUGACUGAGGGAGUAGUUCCACAAUUCAAGCAAAAACGCAGCAAUUCUUUGGGAAAGGAAACGGGCAUAAUGUCAUCUCUCCGUAAAGUUAGAGAAAAUUUGCUCAAAUCACCCUAUUAUGAUCAAAAAGCUGGAAUUUUGGUGGAUGGAAAUAAUAAAAUAGAGACCGAUGUUGAAAAGAAAGUUACUUUUAAAAAAUCUUUAAACAAUUCAAUGAAAUUGAAGAAAAGCAACAAAGAGAAUGCUCUGUGAAUGGAUUUUUAAAAAUAUUUGUGAUACGUUUGCUGCAGGCAGUUAAAAUGGGUUGUGUUUUAGUUAUAUAUUUAUUAUUUGUGAAUUUGAUGUUUAUGACUAUGUAAUGUUUGAUUUUUAUAAUGUAUUAAAAUUGUAUUUUUAUAA